GAAGAAGUGAGAUCACACGUUCUCUUUUCUUUUCUUUUUAUUUUCCCUCUCUCUUUCUACGUAUCUAUUAGAGAGAAGAAAUUAAUGGAGGUCUUUGUAGAAGCUAAUAUGGUAUAUAACCCAAUAUUUCACAUAUAAAUCCCUCCCAUCUCUCUUCUCUCCAUUAAUUGAACCAACCCAAGUUGGCCUUUUCAAAAAAGAAAAAAAAAAGGAUUGUGUGUUUCUCUAAGUGAACCCAAGAAAGGGAAUUUAAAAAAAGAAAAAGAAAAAGGAAGAAACCCGAUUCAUAAAUUCAAUCCUCUCUACUUCGAUUAACAAAGACAAGAUUCCAGCCGCAUACGGCGGCGAUUGAAGCUCCGGCCACCAUGACAAGUAAUGGGAUGGCUUUUUUUCCAGCAAAUUUCAUGUUACAACCUUCGCAUGAAGAUCAUGAUCAUCAUCACCACUCUAAUUCUCCUCCAUCUCUCAACCCAAUUCUACCUUCUUGCACUCCUCAAGAUUUUCAUGGGGUUGCAUCUUUUCUAGGAAAACGAUCUAUGUCAUUUUCGGGGACGGAAAUGGUUGAAGAAGGGAAUAACGGUGAGGAUGAAUUUUCUGAUGAUGGGUCACAGGCAGGUGAGAAAAAGAGGAGACUUAAUAUGGAGCAAGUUAAAACACUUGAGAAGAAUUUUGAAUUGGGGAAUAAGCUUGAACCUGAGAGAAAAAUGCAGCUUGCUAGAGCUCUUGGUUUACAGCCAAGACAGAUUGCUAUUUGGUUUCAAAACAGAAGGGCUCGAUGGAAGACUAAACAACUUGAAAAAGACUACGAUCUUCUCAAGAGACAAUUUGAAGCUAUCAAAUCAGAUAAUGAAGCUCUCAAAUCCCACAACCAAAAACUUCAAGCAGAGAUAAUGGCACUAAAAAGUAGAGAGCCAACAGAAUCAAUCAACUUGAACAAAGAAACAGAGGGAUCAUGCAGUAACAGAAGUGAAAACAGCUCUGAUAACAUAAAAUUAGACAUAUCAAGAACACCAGCCAUUGAUAGUCCUCAUCAACAACAUCCAACAAAUAGGCCACUUUUUCCCACUUCUUCAUCAUUAAGGCCUCCAGCAUUAGCUCAACUCUUUCAAACCUCAUCAAGAUCAUCAGACCAUCCACCAAAACAAAUUGAUAAUCAUCAUCAAAUCCCUAAAGAAGAAAGCAGCAGUUUGUCCAAUAUGUUCUGUGGAAUGGACGAUCACUCGGGUUUUUGGCCUUGGUUGGAGCAACAACAUUUCAACUGAUAUUCAUCAUAUAUCAUCAUCUUCAUCAUCAUCAAAAUUCCUCCAUCUCUAUCCCCGUCUCCAUCUCCAUAUCUCCAUCUCCAUCUCCAUCUCCCAUAAUAUCAAAAAAAAAAAAAAAAAAAAAUUAUAUAUUAAUAAUGUCAUAAUAUUAAUAUGUUUAAUUUAAUUGGAUUUUUCUCAGAGAAAUAUGAUCAUCAAGACUUUUCUUCUUCCCACCCCCUCCCCCAAUGAAUUUGCAUAAUUUGUCAUGAGUUUUUUCUUUCUCUCUUUUCAUUUUUCUUCUCAACUUAAAGGUUUGUGUUUUUUUUUUUCUUCCCUUUUUCCUUUUUGGUGUUAGAUUAUUAUUUGUCAUUGUAUAAAUUAGUGGAUCAAUAUAUAUCAUAUUUAUAUUUUCAGGUGGCGGUUAUUGAGAACCCCCUUAUGGAGGAAUGAAUAAAAAAGAUGUUCUUCUUCUUCU